ACAAUUGGACCAACAUUGUAAGUAGUAACCUUACGAACUUUCAAGUCUGAAUAAGUAAUAGAACGGAGAAGCGAAAGAGUAACACUAGUUUCGAUAUUCGAUGGCUACAGCAACGAACUUGUUAGAAACACUAGGCAACUUAGAGAGAGAUUCAUUCUUAUCUCUUCUCUCCAACCUCAUUGGUGAAUCCAUACACGUGCAAAACAAUCCACCGGAACUCAUUCCUCAAGAGGAUAGAGUAGUAAAGCAUGUCUUAAACUCACUCCUACCGUUCAGCACCACCACCGGCGGCGGCCCCUUAAUCCUCAACCAUGUCACCUAUUUUCCUGGAAGAGGUAACCUCAUCGUCGAGUACCCCGGAACCGUUCCCGGCAAGAUCCUCUCCUUUGUUGGUUGCCACAUGGAUGUUGUCACAGCAGAUCCCAAAGAUUGGGAUUUUGAUCCGUUUACUUUGAGCAUUGAUGGUGAUAAACUUAGGGGUCGUGGAACUACAGAUUGUUUGGGACACGUGGCACUUGUUACUGAACUCAUGAGGAAGCUUGGUGAAACAAAGCCAGAUUUGAAAUCAACUGUUGUUGCUGUCUUUAUAGCGAACGAGGAGAGUGGUGUUGUAACGGGAGUUGGUAUUGAUGCACUUGUUCAACAUGGUCUUCUCAAUAAGCUAAAAGAAGGUCCCAUGUUUUGGAUUGAUUCAUCUGAUAAACAACCGUGUAUUGGAAAUGCUGGUAUGGUAGCUUGGAAACUUCAUGUCAUUGGGAAAACUUUUCACAGCGGAAUAACUGAUAAGGCUAUAAAUCCACUAGAGCUAGCCAUGGAUGCGAUAAAGGAAAUUCAGCUGCGAUUUUACCGGGACUUCCCACCACAUCCUCAGGAACAAGUUUAUGGGUUUCCAAUCCCUUCCACCAUGAAACCGACCCAAUGGAGUUAUCCUGGAGGUGGAAUCAAUCAAAUUCCAGGGGAAUGUACUAUUUCAGGAGAUUUCAGGUUAACUCCAUUCUACGAUGUGAAAGAUGCGAUGAAGAAGCUUCAAGAAUACGUGGAUGAUAUUAAUGACAAUAUCCAGAAGCUAGAGUCUCGGGGUCCGGUUUCAAAAUAUGUCCUACCUGACGAAAACUUAAAGGGGAGACUUACUUUAACUUUUGAUGAGGUUUUACCUGGACUUGCAUGUGAUCUUAAUUCCAGAGGCUUCCACGUUUUAUGCAAAGCAACUGAGGAAGUAGUUGGGCAUGUAAAGCCUUUCUCGAUUACUGGGAGUUUGCCUCUCAUUCGGGAACUUCAGGAUGAAGGUUUUGAUGUUCAGUCUUGUGGCUAUGGUUUGAUGGAAACUUACCAUGCCAAGAAUGAGUAUUGUCUUUUUACAGAUAUGUCUCAAGGAUACGAAGUGUUGGGGAGAAUCAUCACUCAGUUAGAGGAUUGAGAACUAUGAUAGUAGAAGCAUCUGGUGGGCUAUGAAGAUGUCUUGUUGAUUUUAAAUCGUGCAAAUUAGUAGUUUUUUGUUGUUGAAUUUUCUUGAAUGUUUAUGAGAUGGACGUACUAAUUUAUCAGCAAUGAAUAUCAGUUAAAAAGUAGGGAGAUGUUACCUCCACUCGCUUUUUAUUUUGAAAAUAAUCAAAUUUAUUAUUCAAUGAAACCCGUUUCAUAUUUUGAUUA